UAAUCAAAGUACAAUCUUUUUUAGGAGAUGAAAUGGGGGUAUUGCUUGGUGCUCUCCAACGCCGAUUAGGAGUUAUCGUCAACAGCCAUUCAUACGCCAUUAUCAAGUGCUAAAGCUGGAUAAGCUACAACAAUUAGCCAACAAGUUGAAACCUUUUCAAACCCAAGCUUCGUGAUUCAUCGGAGAAGCAAGAUCGUCAUCUGCUAGGGUUUUGUAAUUUUACAGACAGAUCUCAAAUUAAAUAUGCAAACGGAAGCGACGGUGGGGGUGGUGGAAGGCGGUGGACCCGCUCGUAAAUUGGUAACGCAUCACCAGAGGCCGGUGCAGCAGCAGCAAUCUCAGGUAGGGACGGUGUCUCAGCUCAUAGCCGGUGGUGUUGCCGGAGCCGUUAGCAAGACCUGCACUGCACCUCUAGCUCGCCUCACUAUACUUUUUCAGGUGCAAGGUAUGCAUUCCGAUGCUUCUACCUUAAGAAAAGCCAGUAUAUGGCGUGAAGCUACACGAAUAGUCAAUGAAGAAGGAUUUCGUGCAUUCUGGAAAGGGAACUUAGUGACAAUCGCUCAUCGUCUACCUUACUCCUCCAUCAGUUUCUACGCAUUUGAACGCUACAAGAAUUUUCUACAAAUGUUCAUGGGAGUUGAGAGCAAUGGAACAAACAUAAGUGCAGACUUGUGUAUACGCCUUGCAGGUGGUGGUUUAGCUGGUAUAACUGCUGCUUCUGUUACAUACCCUUUGGAUCUUGUAAGAACUCGCCUUUCAGCACAGAGAAAUGUUUUAUAUUAUAGAGGUAUAUGGCAUGCUUUACGCACCAUAAGCAGGGAAGAGGGGAUUUUUGGCCUCUAUAAAGGACUUGGUGCUUGUCUAUUGGGUGUUGGCCCAAACCUUGCAAUUAGCUUUUCAGUUUAUGACACCACAAGAUCUUAUUGGCAAAUGCAAAGACCACAAGAUUCUACUGUUUUAGUUAGCCUGGCUUGUGGGAGUCUUUCAGGAAUUGCAUCAUCAACAGUAACAUUUCCACUGGAUCUGGUGAGGAGGCGGAUGCAGUUGGAAGGGGCAGGGGGUCGGGCGCGUGUUUACAAUACGGGUAUUUUUGGUACGUUCGGGCAGAUAAUUCGGGCAGAAGGCCUACGUGGCAUAUACAGAGGAAUAUUGCCUGAAUAUUACAAGGUGGUCCCCAGCAUUGGGAUUGUAUUCAUGACUUAUGAGAAACUCAAACAAGUAUUGUCUAAUGUAGACACUACUUGCAGAUGACCGAUUUUGACCUGAAAAAAAAAAGAAUAUUUUAGUAAUAUAUAUUUAUAGGUAGUAGGAGUAGGGAAAACAACCCAAAUAUUUGAAUUCUUCUUAAGGAAAAAAGAAAAAGAAAAAUAGAAGUCUUGUUUUUCUCUACAGAAAUUGUUAUAUCAAAGUAUAGAUAUAUAUAUUUAAUAUGGUCCCUUUGUUGGGGGAGAAAUUCAUUGGUUUCAUCUCGAUUAGGUUUUGUUUUGUUUUUCUUAAGUAGGCAGAGUUAGAAUGUUUGACGGAAAUUGUAAUAUUAUAUUUUUCAUAAUUGUAAUAUCAUUUUAGACAA